AUGACAUUACGUGUUGGUAUGAAUGAGACAGUUUCCUACGAUGUUUGUUACCGUGUUGUUGAUAGUGGUUUUGCCAAGGUUGGGGUGAACUCCAUUGUUCCCGUUCAAAACUCACCCAAUACAUUCACAGUGACACCCACACCGACCCUACAAGGACAACGACUAACAUUUGAUGUGAAAGGAUUUGCAAUUGAUAGUAAGGAUGUAAAGGCUCCUAGCGUGAGUGAUGCGGCAAUGCUUGUGAAAGCGACUCGUCUCUGUUGGGAAACAGAGACUAUGAGUUCGGAAGGCAUUCUUGCAUCAACGUCUAAUGUUAAAACCGUUACAAGUAAUCAAAGUACUUGGCUUGGCCAUGUACCUUCGCUUGGCCCCAAUGCAUUGCCGGUGUCAUCAUUCCCUAUGAAGUAUACACUGUGUUAUCGUGAGACUGGGCAGAAUGAAUAUGUUAUCGUGCCCUUCCCUCUGGGUGAUUACACAAUGGAACCAGCGAAUCCUUCUACUUUUGCUACCGUACCAAGUGUUGUUACAAGUGGUAUGUUUGGUAUUCAAAUGACCUUUCCAGGUGCAAAGGAUGGUGAUGUCGCCUAUAUUGUGGCCUAUGCUGGUACUAAUUUGACCACAAACUCCGCCUGUGAUGAUCCAGCAUCUAGGGUAUUAACACCGACCAGUUCAUCAUUUCCGGUGUAUGCAUUUGCUCUACCACCAUUACUUACAAUGCCAUCUCUAGUGGUUUGCUAUGUACGAGACAAGGCUACGGUUGCGGAAGUACCACAGUUACUAGCCCUUGGUAGUCCGAACCCGAGUGGUUAUGUAACUGAUGCCCCUGAUCCCACAACUCUUAAGCAGCGGCAGUAUAUUGGUAUUACCUUUACAGGUGUGGGUCUUGACCCUGCAACGGAUAGUGUUGUGUUCACAGAUGUGGCAUGUGCCAAUGCGACGGCGCAGCCACCUGUUUCUGCCUCCUUUGUACGUCGUAUGAGUGAACUCACAUCAACAUCGGGUGCCACGUCCGGUACGUCUGUGAAACUUGUGGUGCAAUUUGUGAGUCCUACCGAUAUUACAGCGCAUGUUUGCUAUCGUCGUGGAAAUGUAUGGACGGAGAUUGGUUCACCUCUUUCCAUUGCGGCACCACAACCAACAAUAUUAACAUUAACCCCAACCAUUGGUGUAGCACGUGUUGGGCAACAU